AUGUUUUCCUUCUACGAUCAAAAGUGUACGAUUGAUACGCAGUUGGAGUGAAAAUUAUUUUUAGAAAAAUUACCUUUAUGAAGUUCAUAUAAACGACUUCAUUAAAUUCAUAAAGUGAAAAGCUGCGUCAAACUUCAGUGAAACAGCUGUAUUAUCAGCAAAAUUAUAGUGAGCUGCUAUAAAAUUGUGAGAAGUGAAAUAAGGAAAUCGUGUGUGAUUAACGCCAUUAACACAAAGUGAUUGUCACUAGCGCUGGCGUUAGAGACAGUGUAAUAUACGAAUUAAAUGUAAAGUGCAGAAAUGAGGACGGAAAUGCCGAUCCAAAAACAGUGCAUUCACCUUGCACUGAUAUUCUCAUUCAUAUUGUGCACAUUGGUGACAGCUGAUUACGUCGAAAUAAAGAGCACAGGCUCAUCGGUUAUUGGUGGAACUAUAAACUUCAGUGCAGUGCUAUACGAUGAUGAUCAAGUGGCGAGCACAGGGAAUUACAAUUUCAACUGGGAGGAUAAUACGCCAGCCGCUAAUCAUAUAAAAAUCAACACAAAAUAUCCCUACAGCAAUUGGUCCGUAACAUAUCCAAUGAAUACAACCAAACCGGGUGAUUAUAAGGUCACGUUAAAUGUUGAUAAAAACUAUAUAUUGUGGAUAAAUAUAGCAACCAAUCACAUUGAUUUCAAAUUGGAUGACUCCUUUGGCGGUGAUAUGCUGCUACUUCAAAAUGAUACUAAACCAAGGAAAAAUUUUGUUUCAACUGCAAAGCCGGUCAAUCACACAAUACAAUUGCGACCGAACGAUGCCAAGUUAAUCGCGGACAAAGCAUAUGCGGUACAGACUUAUUGGUUCAGAAAUUGUACUUAUAUUGGUGUUAUCGAUGGAUUGAGUUAUGUCUCGCAGUACACUGAACCUGAACAAUAUUAUAAAAUUGAAGCUUUGGUUGUGGCGACUUUCGAACCACCUGAACCAACGACGUCUACUACAACUACUACUACAACAACAACAACAACGCCAAAACCUACAACCACAACACCCAAAACAACCACACCUGCAACAAACACGACCACGCAGAAACCGAACAAUGUUUCAACAACGGCGAAAAUUCCUGCUGUAAAUGCCACUACUGUGGCGCCAAGACAACGUCAGCGUCGCGGUGCAGCUGCACCAAUACCAUUAACGUCACUAGUAGCACAGCAAGCAUUGUCCGUCAACACAAACAUGACUGAUCAAAUGCACGAUGUUGCCAUUUUGAACACAACAGCAAAAGCAGCAUCAAAAAAACUCGCUUUGCCCAUACUAAUGUCACCACUGAUUAUGGGUGGCGAACCACCAUACAAUUGUGUCACUGGGCAAUUAAUGGAGCAUGAUCCGAAAAAACUCACUGGCUUAUUCAAACAUUAUGUGGAAUCAAAAGCGCCCGUUUCGGACUUUAAGGCUAACGGUCAAAAUUGGUUACAACGUGGUGACAUGAUGCGCCUACAAGUGAACUGCAAAGGCUCACCUUCACUGGAGAUGUGUAUUCAAGUCUUCAAUGCUCCAUAUAACGCCACCGGCAACGAGACCUGUCGUUAUUAUUUCCCACUCGAGAAAUGCGAAUACAAUUACACCCGCUUUUUCUACGAGAGCAAAACAGUUUUGUUUUUCAUACGCAACGAUGUGUCCGAGAAGCUGAAUCAGGUCACCAUCAAUAUAUAUGAAGCAAAAGUGCAAUCGCAAUUGUCCGUUGUGGUGGUGCCCGUGUCAUUCACUUUAAUCGCUGUAAUCUUAAUCGUUUUUGGCGUCUCGUAUUAUUUGCAAUCGCGAAAUCGUUUCAACGUGGAAGUGGCCGAUUUCAAUUUUGGCGAAACACAAUCUGUCGAUAUGGAGUACAAAACCUUUCAGCAGCGUCUUAUCGACAGUAUACGUGAAGUGUGGCCCAGACAACGACGCUAUUCCGAAUUUAGUUCGGACAUGGAUCCGGAAUUUGAUCACAAUGGUCGCAUUGGGGGCUCCUUUGAUAACAGCGAGCAAAGGCCAAAUGCAGCUGAUGAGGAAAAUGUCAACAGCGCAGCAACAACUAGCGCUGCUAAUGGCAAUGCCACUAUAGAUAGCAAUCUCAGAUAUAAUUCAUUGACUUAAGUUUUGAAUAUCAUAGUAAUUCGUUUAUAGAAUUUAUACAAAUUUCGAAAUUUAUUCUUUUUUUUCGGUUUUUGAAUUUGCACAGAAAGUCAGUUCAAAGUCGUUGAAUUUUUCAUUUGUAUUUUGUGAUUACGUAUUUAUGUCGAACUACAAAUACACAAUUAUAUUUGUGUAUUUUUAAGUAUUUUUUAUUUUUUUGAAUUGGUUUAGUUACUAUAUGUUUUUUUUUCGUGCUUAGGGUAUUAAUACUUUUGUAUUCACCCGUAUAUUUAAUACUGUAUAUAUGAACUCAUGAACUGUUUAUUGAACGCAUGCAACUAACUAUAUUAUAAUUGUUAUUAUAUUACGAAACUACAAGCACUAGGCAUAUAUCGCUACACACGUUCAUCAAAAAGUAUACAUAAUAAAAUAAUAACAAUUUGUUAAGAAAAUUUAGAAAAAUAAACAAUUUCCAUAUUUGCCAAAUCAUAAAACAUAAAAAGUCCAAUAGUUGUACAAUUUGUAAUGAGAAAUUUUUAAUACCAAAAAUGCUCGUACAGAAAAUUUGGCAAUUCUUUCUUUUUUAAUGGAGAUUCCACUUGGUGUAAGACUGUAACAUUCUUAGCUGGCAAGCGAAAUCAGUGUUAUAAAUAGGUAAUGAGAAGCGUAUGCAAAAGUGAAAUAUAACAAAGUUUUCAACUAAAACAAAAGCAUACAUAAAUAAAGAUAAACUUGUGUACUACAAAUGCACUGCAAUGAAGGCUUAAGAAAGAGCAUACUUGUAUAUUUUGCAAUAAUUCUUUACACUGCAUAUUUGUUUUUACUGAAUUUAUCACUCGAAAUUCGCAUUGUGGUAUAUUAGAUUGUGAUAAUUGUUGAAAAAAUUUAUUCAAAUAUACUUUAUACAAAUAUUUUUUGCAAUGGCAGACACACAAAUGCAUCACGAAAACACAAAUGUACAUUGUAUACUGAAGUGCAACUAUUAGAGAAAAGAUGUAGACAAUUUAAAAAACUUCUAGUUAUUUUUACAACUUUUCACUAGCUACUGUUCUUAUAUUAUGUAUUAUGUUAAAUAAGAUAAACAGGCACAUUAUUAUAUAUAAACAUAUGAAAAAAUAUCGAUUGCAAUUUGUUAAAAUAGCUUAAGUCGACUUACGUUAUUGCGCGCAAUUUGAGUUUUUACGCAAGAAAACGCAACGUAAACUAUAACAUAGCAACGGUAGAUUCAAAUUUCACUAAAACAAAGUAAAUGAAAUGUCCAGAUUUUUACUUGUAGAGAAAUCGUUUAUCUACCUUAAGUUAAGACGACUUAAGGUACAUUAAUAUUUUGACACUUACAUACAUAUAAAUUGCUGAAAGUAAGCAAACGAAAGUAUUAAAUUAUUUAACAGCUGUACACAAAAACUUUCGAAGAAAUACGUUUUAAUUUUAUAUGCAAGAAAGCAGAAACAGUACUCUCGAAAUCAUGUUUACUAAUCGUGCAAUUAUAGAAUUUCAAACAUACAUAUUUAAUAUUUCCUCGAAAUUCAUGAGCUCAGCACGCAAUAAUAAGUAUGUAUAUGUGUAUAAAUGUACAUAUAUACAUACAUAUACCCGAAUGGCUACAAUUGUAAAUAAAAUAUAUUAAAAAGUAAAAUUUUCAAAAAAAA